AUGGUGAACAUGACUGAUCUGGAUCUUGGGCCGAGCAGGGCUUCUGGGCGUCUGCUGCAGCCGCUCUGGGACCACCUGCUGCUUCACCACCAGCCUCUCAUCUCCUCUCCACUCUUCCCGGUUUUACUGGCCUUCUCCAGCUUCGUCAUCUUCAGCACACCGUUUGCGGUCCUGGACCUCCUUGGAGAUCGGGUGCCUGUGGUCUACAAGUACAAGAUCCAGCCGGACCGGAAGCCCACAGUGCGAAUGAUGGUGCGGAGCUUCUUGGUUUCGGUGUACAACCACGUGUUCUUCGUUCUGCCUGCCGUGUUCCUCUCCACCUUCGUGGUGCCGGCGCCGACGCUGCCGCUCGAGGCACCAUCCGUGUCCGAGGUCUUCAUGGACGGCAUGGCUGUUCUCCUCCUCUUCGACACACAGUACUACAUCUGGCACUACAUCCACCACAAGAACCAGAAGCUGUACCGCUGGGUCCACGCGGUGCAUCAUGAAUACAUGGCUCCUUUCUCCUGGUCCACCGAGCAGCUCAGCAUCCCUGAACUGAUGACGGUGGGCUUCUGGAGCAACCAGGACCCCAUUCUGCUCAGGUGUCACCCGCUGACCACCAUGUGUGUGACGGUGUUCAGCAUCUGGAUGUCGGUGGAGGAUCACAUCGGGUACGACCUGCCCUGGACUCUCCACCACCUGGUGCCUUUAGGGCUGUUCGGAGGGGCACCUGCUCACGACAUGCACCACCAGAAGCCCUCCAGCAACUUCGCUCCCUUCUUCAGCCACUGGGACAGAAUCUUUGGCACCGCCCUCCCACUCAGGAAGAAAAAACUAUUAUAAAAGAAAAAAAAAAAAAAACUAGUUACCUGGAUGGAACUCCAGUUCUAUGAGUUCAUGCAAAGCCCUUUUUAUCCCUGAUAAGGUGAUUCCUUAUGUGAAGUCCGUUGUUCGAGGGCGGAGCGUGAACAAAAUAGAACUGAAUAUUGAAUGUUAUAUGAAUAUUUUCAAUCGUUUCUAAAUUUCUAAACAGAAAAAUGCCUUUGUUUUCAUACUCUGAAUGUUCUAAUAAAUG